CAGCCUUGAAUAUUCAUGGAAUCGUCAAAAACCAAAGCUGUAACGUGAUAACAUUGAUACAUUUAAUUAAUCUAUGGUGUUUACUUCUUAUUAUGUAAUACCGCAGAUGAAGUAUUGCGUCUAAUUUUUUACACAGUCGGUAAUUCAGAACACGUGACACGAAGUUGUGUAAGGUGCAAUAUCUAUCCUUAUAUCUCGUCUGUGGUGAAAGCAAACGCAGUUUCGUCUAGGUUUAUUCAGAGUCAGAGUGAAACAUUACCACGAAAUGAUAUUAUGUUAUCUUUAUGUUUUGUGGGUUCACAUCACAAGCGCCACUUAAACUCUUUCUGUGACAGCCCUGUACUAUUUUUUUUAUUCUCAACCAAUAGAGUUUUCAGCUGUUACUGUUAUUUUUCAACUGUCAUUCAUUCAAAGUACAUAUAUCCUGAAGGAAAUCUUUGUAUCUAUGUUGAUAAAGCGGCAUUAAUCUUUACCUUAACAUUAUUUUUGAGUAAUCGUUCGUUUUUUACACCCAAUAACGAACGAUAUUGUUAUGCUCGUGAAUACUAAAAAUAUUUACAAUUGAUUAACGAAAAGAAAUGUACGAGUUAACCGUUUUAAUAUCUUUUUACUGUUCUAUAACAGUUGCUGUAUUUGCUGAUACAUCUAUAAAUCAGAAAUCUUUUUGUAUUAUUCAAGAACCUUCUUUAAAUCUUUUCAAGUACAACUUUACAAAUCUUUCUGAUCCUACAAAAGAUAUUAUUAUACUUCAUGAUUAUCCAAUUGAAGCUUUAAGAAUACAGUUAUGUACUCCGUUGAAACAAAAAUGCAAAGGGAAGGAUGGAUAUGCAAUUUGUCUGAUUCGAAACAAAGAAGAAAUAGGAAUAGGAAAGUUUCCACCAGAAGUAAAAAUAAAGAAUGGAAGAAUAAUGUUUGUAUUUAUAGGCAGUGAUUGUACAGCAAAAGAAAAAUAUAUAACAAAAAUUAUUAUGAAGUGUGAUUAUGCAGCUGGAAAUAAUUCUCUUCCCGAAUUAAUGCCUCAUACAUUGGACGGAUGUGAAUUACACUUAAUUUGGAAGACUGCACUUGCUUGUGGUCCACAAACUGUAUCUAAUUGUACAGUAAUAAAUAAUGGAUCACACUAUGAUCUAUCAUCGUUAACAAAAUAUUCUGAAAAUUAUGUUAUUUAUUUGGGUAGUGGAAACUCUUCUUCUUUAGUAGAUAGUGGAAACUCUUCUUCUUUAGUGGAUAAUGGAAAAAUUAUAUUAAAUGUUUGUCAUUCUGUGAUAUUUGAAUAUGAUGCCUUAUGUGAAACGAAAUCAGGAGCCUGCUUACAGAAAACAAAAUCUGAAUAUGUAAAUUUAGGUGAUGUUGCACAACGACCACUUUUUGAGGAUGGAAAAUUAAAACUUAAAUAUCAAGAUGGAAGCAUGUGUAAAGUGAGAAAUAUUACAGAACCACAUAUUAAAACUACUAUUACUUUCAUAUGUGAUUUUGAAGCCAUUAAAACUGAAACAAGUCCCGAAUAUGUUGGAGGAAGCAAAGAGUGUCAUUAUCAAAUAAUCUGGAAAACAGCAGCUGCAUGUAGCGUGGAAUCUUUACGUAAUCAUAGUGCAACAACUGCUGGCAAAUGUACAGUGACUAAUCCUCUUACUAAUUUUGUGUAUGAUUUACAAUCUUUAAUGAAGGAAGACUAUUAUGCUACGGCACAGAAUGGCACGCAAUAUAAAUUUGCAAUAUGUAAAUCGCCUGUGAAUACGAUAUGUACAGCAGAAACAGGAAUAUGUUCCACUAAAAACGGUGUAUCUAUGGGAAAGUAUAAUACAAAUUUAAUAUGGCAAGAAGGUGGACCAUAUUUAAAUUAUACAGAUGGAGAUUUGUGUGAAGGUGGGCAGCAUCAUUACACAGUUAUUGCGUUCGUAUGCGGAGCAGAAGGAGUUUCCAAAGAACCACUUGUAAUGGAACAAAAGCCCUGUCAAUUAAUUAUACAUUGGAAUAUUGACCUAGUUUGUGAGAAAAGGAUAAAAUGUGCUUCAAUGAAUUAUGAGACGGAUUUAAGUUCGUUAAUUAAAUCUAAUCGUAACUAUGUUGUGAAAGUGAAUGAAACAGAAUUUCAUAUAAAUAUAUGCAGACCCUUAAUACCUGUACCAAGUUUAACAUGCGCACAUGGCAGUGCUGCCUGCAAAGCUACUUUGAAUUCAAAUAAGGAGUACAUAAGUCAAGUCAGUUUAGGAUUUCCAAAAGAAAAUCCUGUUUUGGAUGCAAAUCGUGAUACAGUGUUACGUUAUAUAGGUGGAUCACCCUGUCCUGAAGAUCCUACUAAAUUAAUUUCUUCAUAUUUUACAUUCUUAUGCCAGUAUAAUGACAAGGGAUUUCCAGAAUUUAAGGAAUAUACAGAUUGUACUUACAUUUUUGAAUGGAAAACAAGUGUAACAUGUGGAUCUGUAAUGGGAACAUGGACGCCACCUUGUAUUAUAAAAGACCAGUUACUUUCAAACGAAUGUAAUCUAUCCUUGUUAUAUGAAAAUCAACAAGUAUAUCAUGUCAAAAAUAAACAAGGAAGAGACUAUAGCAUAAGUAUAUGCGGGGGAGGAAAAUUCUGCAAUGGUUCUGCCGUGUGCCAAGAUAACAACGGGUAUGGAUCAUUGGCAAAUGUCAUUUUUGAUUACGGCAGAGAUGUUAUAAAACUCAAAUAUUCGAAUGGUGAUAAAUGUGUAUAUAAUUCUUAUACGUCUGAAGUACGAUUUAUAUGCACCGAAUCUGUGGGGAUUGGUAUACCAAAGUUGCUAUGGGAAUCGCAGUGCAGUGUAGAAUUCGAGUGGCACACAAGCGUUACUUGCGCCUGCAAAUCAAGCUCGCCACAACCAAUGCCUGCAAUAGAUGAUACACACGGAGGUGUUCAAGAAUUCUCUCCUAGUCACACUGGUACGGUGGCUGGCAUCGUACUGAGUGUUAUCGCUCUGGUAGCAGUGCUGCUUUAUUUCCGAGAUCCGGAUAAGAGGACGUGCUUGCGUUCUUGCUGGCAUCCAUUUUCAUCUAGGAGGGGCAGUGGGCGCGUUCAGUACUGCAGAGUUGAUACCACAGAGGAGGCUAGAUUGUUACUCGAUGUUGAUCCUACUCAGUGUCAAACCGAUAGUGAUGAUGAUCUUCUGAAUGCAUAGUCACAUUUGGCUAUCUUUUUAGGAAAAACUUUUUACACUCUAUCUUAUCUAAGUCCCUAAUCGCAUUAAAAGGAAACAAUGCUAAUCUAAACUAAGAGAUUUCUAUGUGGAAAGUCUGUUCCGUUAUUGCUAUCGGUUAAAUUGGUCUAAAUUAAUUGUAUAUUCUAUCUACGGGGAGAACUGAAUUUGAGUCACAACGCGUUCAUUAAGCUCUUAAAAUUUCCAUAUGUUAGAAAAAGAAUAGCAGCUUUAAUUCAAACUUCAUUGUGUUAUUAUUCCGUGCCAUGAAAUGUUCUAAACAUUUAUUAGCAAGAUAUAGUAUCAUGUUCUCUGAGAAACAGGGGAAAAUUAUAAUAGCUUGACGUUGAUCAAGCAUUUGUACAGAAAAGUCAUUUGAUAGUUUUAUAUUUAUUUUCUAUUAUUUCGAAAAAUUUCUACAUGCAUGUUUUAAUAGCUUAUUCAAAACAGAAAUUAAUACAUAUAUAACUAUUUCAGUUUUAAUAGAACACUAAUAUUCACAACAUUGUGAAUUAUGUCAACACAUGUCAAGUCUUCCAAUAAAUUUAAAGAUGUAAAAUUUCGAAUAAUCUGAUUUGUCAGUUUCAAGUAUCGUAAAUUUGUAAUUUUUUCCAUGUAUGUAAAAAAUAGUAUAACAUAAUACCGUAGAAAAACGUUUCACAUUUGUAAUUUGUAUGGUAUGGAAACUUUUUGAGGGUUGAAUGAACAAAACGUAUAUACUCAAAAAUGUCUUGAUAUUAUAAUGUAUUUUAAUUCUGUGACAUUAAUUAAACAUUUUUAUUUUACAUUUUUCUGUGAAAAUAAUAAAGAUAUUUCUGUGUUCUAAUAUAUUGUACGAUAAUUAUAUUCCUUUUUUAGAUAAAGAAAUAAAAGGGAAAGUUUUGAAAAGUUCUUACUUUGAAAGCUCAGUAGCUUCGUGAAACACUAUGUUAAUAAUAAUAACAGAAAUUCUUUAUUAUACUCACAAUGUAAUUAUAUAUUAAUAUAUUAAAUUAAAAAAUGUUUGCUUUGUUUAAUGCGUUCAACUUCUUUAUAUGUUUAUAUUACACAUGCAAACGUAAUAUUAGGGAAGUUUGUGAUGAUUUCUAUAUAAUGAUUUAGUCUAUAAUCAGACAUUGUUGUCUCACUAUACCUCGGUGAUAUAAAUAUGUAAUUAUAAAAGAAUCUUUAUUCUGUAAAUUAACCAAAAAAUUUUUAAAUGUUGUGACUAUAAAUAAUACUAUUACUAUCUAUAAAUAUAUAUAUAUUCAUUAUUUAACCCUACCUUAAGAAAUAAUGACAACGAUAUUCUAGUUCACGUAAAUGUCUU